AUGGAAGAGGUUUGGAAAGACAUCAACAUGUCUUCAUUGAAUGAACAAAACACACGACGACCCAUGAUUAUGAGUACCCGUGAUUCCUCCACUUUUGGUGGUGUUAUCCUUCAAGACUUUCUCGCUCGACCAAAAAGCAUUGAUCAUCAUUAUUCUUCUAAUAACUCAUCUUCUUCUGUUCCCUCAGAUCAAAAUCCUUCUUUUUAUUGCCCUACUGUUUCAACUGCCCCACCACCUCUUGUCACUGCUCUCAGCUUAAACUCUCGUCCUGAUCAUUUUCCUUUCGACCCUCUUAUCAGACAAACCAAUGAUAACAAUUCUCACUCACUUGUUCAACAACAACACCAACAUCAUCAUCGACAACAAAGAAAUAUUACUGCUCCAAAGGUUUCUCAUGUCGUAAAUCCCUCACCAUUUGAUCCAAACGUGGGUGUUGUAUCAAAUGCUUUCACUUGUUUUGGAAAGAGGUUUGGUGAACCUGAUGUUAGUCCUGGUGAAAGGAGAAACAAGAGAAUGAUCAAGAAUCGUGAAUCUGCUGCACGUUCACGAGCUAGAAAACAGGCUUACACGAACGAACUGGAGCUAAAAGUUGAUUUAUUGAUGGAAGAAAAUGCAAAGCUCAGAAGACAACAACAAGAGUUAUGGGAAGCGGCAAGUAAUGCACCAAAGAAGAAUAGCUUACAACGAACAUUAACAGCUCCAUUUUAA